GUACAAUGAAUUUAGCCUGAUCCAAGAUGGCUCUCUCAUUUUAUUUGUCUCUCAUUCACUAGUUGUUUUCAUGUCUGUAACAAACAUGCCGAAAAUUAAACAACAGGCUCCGCGGCCUAAGUGCGGUCAUAAGCUCAGGUUAGUAAAGCAAGAGACCACGCUCUAUGAUUGGUUAAAAUUAACUAACUUAGCAUAAACCAAUCAGAAUGAUAAACUGCGACCUGCAGUUCGAUUUACCGACCUUGGUUUUUCUUUCGUCCUUUGUAAACUAGCUGUCACUAAAACAUAAAGAGGGUAGAGAAUAGAAGGAGAAUUAUUUGGACCCCUCAUUUAUUUUAGGGCGUGAACAAUUUUAUUUUCCCAUUUACAGAGAAAACUAAUCUGCCUUAUCGCCCCGCGUGGGUGAUACAUGAUAACACUAAUGAAAUGUUCGAUUUUUAAACCGGUUAGAUACCCUCACAUGAAACCAAUGAUUGUAGAAUUUCUAUGCUUGGAUUUAACUGUUAUUAUUUUAAACAAUAUUUCAAAUAUCCUGUAACUCGGAUUACAAAUUAGCAUUUGGAGUUUCACUAAAAAUACAUACAACUAUAUUUGUGGAUAUUUUAAAUCAAAAUCACAAUCAUGCUUCAUCGACCUACUCUCAUGCCUGCAUCAAUGAAAUCAUCCUCAAAAUUCAACUUAUCUACUAAUUUAAAACAUUCAUCUCAAUCAAGUAAAAUAGAAAGUCCAGAAUUGAUUCAACUACUUAACUGUGGUGAUGAUGAUGAUGAAAUAGUUAUUGUAGAACCUACAGAUCCAGAUGAAGAUCGCAUGAAACAGGAAGAUACAACAUUUAAUGAUGUAUUAAACAAAGAACAAGAAGAUUAUGCGGAGGAAGAUUACAAUGGGAAUGAUGGAGAUAUGAAUUCGGAUGACUCUCAUAUGAAAGGUGAAUCUCACAUCCCAGUGUCAAAUAUUAAAGUGGAUGAAGCCACUGGAAAUGGAACUCCAGUGACCGUAACCACAGAUUCGGUUAAACCUAUUGGAAUUUUACCUCUGAAUGAUGUGAUUCACAAUUUACUCACAUGUACACCACAUGUUGCUCCCACCAUACAAAAUGUUGCACUUCAACCUAUACUGUCGGGUAAAAUGAAUGGAUCGGGAAGUGUGCAAAUGCCGAAUGUUGUUUCCAAUGCAUUGCCUACAUUGUGGCUUCAUUCUCCUGUUGUGAAUUCAACGGAAAUGAUGAGUAUGCCUAAUGUGAAUAGUGUGACAGAUUUGACGAGUAAUAUUGUACAGAAUAGUGGGACUGCACUGAAUCCACUUGUUGCUGCUGUGCUUGUGAAUUGUGCCACAGUGAACAUGAUAAGUCAGCUAGCUGGAUCUAUGUGUACUCCGCUGGUGAACAGCAGUAUGAUCGAUGGUAAUGUUAAUGGUAGUAAUGUGAACAACAAUGGUAACCACACUAGUAGUGCUUGUAGUGUUAGUAGUGGUAGUGUUGGUGUUAGUAGUGGUAGCAGUGGAGUCAACACAGUAACAAUCCCUACAGCGUCAUUACUUCCCAAUUUGUUAUCUGCUAUUCCUUUGUCUACGUAUAUAUCGGGAUUAGGACUGAAUACAACUGGAGGUAUAAUUACUUCACCAAAUAGUUUGUGUAAUGUUGGUGUUACUAGUACAGCUGUCUCGUCUGCUGAAACCCUUAAUAAUAAUAAUAAUAAUAAUAAUAUUGGUGGUAUGAUUGUGACACCAUCGAAUGUUGAGAAUAUUACAGUUUCUUUAUCAUCUGACCGAAGUUCUAGUCAAGCUGAAUACUUACAUGUGUCUGACGAGAAAAACACUCAGCGUCCUGUUGGACGUGUUAAACGCUUCAAAUGUCCUAUGGUUAAUUGUCAAAUGUCAUUUCACAGUAGAUUCAAUCAAAUGGAACAUAUACGUACACAUACUGGUGAGCGUCCAUUCACUUGUCCAGAACCUCAUUGUACUUCAACAUUUAAACGUAGACGUGAUCUUCGUGAUCAUUGGAGUAUGCAUCUCUUAGAUUGCCCACCAUCAGCUACAUUGACUGAAGAAGAAUUCAAUAAAGCAUUGAAAGAAGCUGAUGAAAAAUAUAACGCAAUGUAUAAUUGGGAAACGUUCAAUGUAAACGCUUCAGUUAAUAAAGAUAAUAUUACUGGUAGUAGUAAUAAUAAUAGUAAUGACAACAAUAAUGAUGUAAAUACUGUUAAGUCCGAAUCAUCUCAGUCAUCCGUGGUAAUUCCUGACCCCAGAGCACUGUUUAACAUUAAGUCUGUUAGUGAAUUGGGUAGAUAUCAUUGUACAUAUCCUGGAUGUGAUAAAUCGUAUGCUAGACGGCAUCGCUUGAACCAACAUAUAUCAACACAUACUGGGACUGGUCCGAUACCGUGUGAUGCACCGAAUUGUAAUGUCAGGUACUUUUCAGAAGAGGAUUUAAAGAGGCACAAAUUAUCUCAUCUUUAUGCGGCUGAUAAGGAUUCACGGCGUCGACAUGCUUGUACAUAUGCUGGAUGCGGUAAAGCCUAUUCAAAGCUAAACAAGCUCAAAGAGCAUUUACGAUCACAUACAGGUGAAAGGCCCUACGUCUGUCGUGAACCUGGUUGCGGUGCUGCAUUCAUCCGAUUAUACGGUGUUAAACGUCAUGAAUUAACACACGUAUUCGGCCGUAAACGUGCUGAAAGACUGUCUCAAAUCCCUAACACUAAUAGUAUGACGGGGACUAGUUUUGAUAUUUCUGACCCAAGGUUGGAUAUUCAGAACAAUCCAGAAAUAACUACUAGUUCACCAUAUAUCUUACCAAAGCCGGAACCAUUGGAAACAAGAAAUGAGAUAUCGAUAGCACCAGCUGUUAUGAAAAAUCGUCCUCUCCCAGCUAUUGCACCAAAAUCGAGUGUAUCUCUUCCGAUGCGUCCGAUUUCUCCUAUAAGUGGGAAUCCAGGAAUGAGACGACCACAUAUCUGUCCAUUUAAAGAAUGCGGUAAAGCAUUCCCAAAACUGAAUAAACUGCGUGAACAUAUAUGUCGACAUACAGGUGAACGACCAUUUGUGUGUGAUCAAUGUAAAGCUUCAUUUGUCCGUAUGUAUGAUUUACGUCGUCACAGCAAUAUCCACAUUCGUGGUGCACAACCAAGAAGUUUGUCACGUUUUCUCACAACUCCACAACAAACAAAUGAAACACUUCAAUCUAUUGUCACAAACAGUCAAAUUUCUGUCAGUACUGCUCCCAAUACUGCUACUAUUACUACUACUCACACCACUUAUACUACUGCUGCUACUACUACUACUAGUACUAAUACUAUUCCCACUGUUAUUACGACAGUUUCUGCAACCAGUCUUAUUUCAGAUACUACAAAUUCCACCAUCUCUACUGUUCCUGUUUCGAUCAGUAUUCUCAAAGUUGGAGAAGAGUCAGAACUAAUCAAAAUGGAAGAAUUUAUUGAACAAUCAACAAGUCUACAACCAUGUGAUACUGAUGAUCAGGUAACAGAUUGUAUUGAUAAAUAGUGUCACUCACCUUGGAUCAUUUGAUUUUGACGAUUAUUUAAUAUAAACGGAAUGAUCAAUAACAUUUUUGUACAAAAAAUUAUCCACUAUUAGUUGUCGCUAACGAUGCAGUAAUAAUGAUUGUAGUUGACUCAUUAAUUUGUAGUGCUUUUUUUUACAAAUGCCAUUCAUUCAUUAACCAACCAACUAUUUGUAUGUUCACCAAUUAUUAGUAUUAUCAUUUUUCUGGUAUUUCAUGUGACCUUGUAAUUUCAUUGACUUGUUUUUCAUUUGAUUUUAUCGAUAAAUUAAUGUCUGAUUUUAAUUUCUUGCCUAUCAUAAAGUAUUCAUUAUUUCUUGAUUCAUUCUUGACAGUCAUAACUGGUUUCUUACUGAUAUAUAUAUAUAUGCAUUACGAUGUCAUUAUUUCUUUAUUUCGUUUGGAAUAUUUCACAAUGUGAGAAUCCAACCAUUAUGUAAGUGAUGUAGUCUUAAGCAACUUGAUGUAGUUUCAUUCAAUUUUUUUCAGAUUUAUCUUAAUUGGCGUACUAUUGGAAACGAAGGAGUACUGGAUAACAGUUUCAUUUUAGUAUGGGACACCUCGACAAAACCCAUCUACGACCUCAUUAGAUAUAGGAGGCGUAACCUUCAAAUCUUGUGAUGCAUGUUUAAAGAUUAGAAUUACCAGGUUACCGUUAAGUGCUGUGGUUACGACUUCAGUCAAUUUUCUAGUGUUAAAAUUAUCCAAUGCUAUUUGUGUAAAAUCCACAAACCCUGUACAAAGAUGGGUAGUGAUUGUGUAUAACCUUAUGUGGUGUUGUUAUUGAUUUUUAGCCUUUGUCGAUCUCUUAUUUUCUAAGUCACUCGAGUUACUUUGGUUGGAUGACUCAUAGUUUAUUGACCUCUAGAUUGGUUCAUUUGUAAUAUUUGUUAAACAGAUGACCUUCCUUAAUGGGUGUAUCGUAUUUAAUGUGAAUUAUAUAUGGUCAGGACUUCGGUUUUUUAAAAAAAAUAAAAUUUGGUAUUUAUGCUUAAUGCUUUUAUGGAUGCGUACACGUACAAUGAAGACAUUUUAAACUCUUGACAUAUCACUGGCAAUUUACUACUUCGUUACUCCUCAAGCCAUAGUAGAGUAUUUUACGGAAUGAACAACAUAAAAUUUUAAAAGACAGUUAUGGGAGUGGGUGAGGUGGCGCUUCUAUAUGACUCUCG